AUGAACCAAACAGACUGCCCUGAGGUGAAGUUCCCCUUCACUGUCUUCUUCAUUGUUGGAAUAGUCAGCCUGGCUGAGAACCUCCUGGUUGUGGUGGCAGUCAUCUGCAACAGGAACCUCCACUCACCCAUGUACUGCUUCAUCUGCAGCUUGGCUGCCUUCAACACUAUUGCCAGUGUCACGAAAACCUGGGAAAAUCUGAUGAUAGUUUUAUCUGAUGUGGGACAGCUGGAGAAGAGGGGCCCAUCUGAGACGAAGUUGGAUGAUGUGAUGGACUCACUGCUUUGCAUGUCGUUUGUGGGCUCCAUUUUCAGUUUCCUGGCUAUUGCUGUGGAUCGUUAUAUCACCAUCUUCCAUGCGCUACGAUACCACAACAUUAUGACAAUGCAGCGAACUGGAGCCAUCUUAGGAGCCAUCUGGACAACAUGUGGAGUGUUGGCCGUGCUGAUGGUGAAAUUUUUUGACUUCAAGUUCGUCAUGAUCUGUCUUGUUUUUUUCUUCAUCAUCUCCUUGGUAGUCAUUUGUUUUCUCUACGUCUACAUGUUUAUGUUGGCUCGUAUCCAUGCCAAGAACAUUGCAUCUCUUCCCAAUGGUAGAACGUCUCGGCAUCAGCAGAGGUGGAGCAGCAACAUGAGAGGGGCUUUGACCCUCACCAUUCUGUUUGGAGCAUUUGUGGUGUGUUGGGUGCCAUUUUUUCUCCAUCUCAUCAUUAUUAUGGUGUGCCCCACGAACCCUUACUGCGAGUGCUACAGAUCUCUGUUCCAGCUGCAUGUGGUGCUGAUGAUGAGCCACGCCCUCGUAGACCCAGCCAUCUACGCCUUCCGCAGUGUUGAACUUAGGCACACUUUCAGGAAGAUGCUGCUUUGUUCCGAAGGCCAAUUAUGCUCUUGA